AAGUAGUAGUAAACAUUAGCAUUGCAGUCAGCUGACUUCUUUUCACCUGACUGCAAUUAGAAAAACACCAUUGCAUUUCUGUCCGCAUACUACUAUAUUAUUAUAGAAUAGGCUACGUUAAUGACCAGUGGCUUAGUUGUGCUAACUAGUAUUGCGCUCUCACAAUUAGCUGCUAGUUAGCUUAGCAUUUGGAGCAUUUAGUAAGUGUGUAGCAUUAGCUGGUUGAGCUAGCUGCUCCACAAGAGACAAAACACUGAAACCGACGUCAGCUGGGUAAAAAUGGACAAGAUUGCUCAAGAUGUGGGUGAUAUCCAGUCCCGACUGUUGGACCACAGACCGGUCAUCAAUGCAGAGAUCCGCUACUUUGUGAGAGAGUUUGAGGAGAAACGGGGACACAGGGAGAGCAGACUGCUGGAGAACCUCAAUAAAAUGGUGCUGGAAACAAAUGAGCAAAUGCUGCCCACCAGUUUAGAAGCCAUCGCCCAGCAGCUGUCUGACGUCACUAAACGAUUGGAGGCUGCUAAUCACAUGGUGGAGCGAGUCCAGCAGAGGGAGCUAGAGGCACAGCAGAGCACCCAGCUGCAGGCGAACAUGGAGCAUUUGAAAGAUGAGUGGGCAGAGUUUCUGAAGGAGCAGCAGAGAUUAAAGGAGGAGGUGGAUGAGGAGCACGCCAAGGCCGUAGGACAGCUCAGCACUCAGUACUGCGAAAUGAAGAAGGACUUGACCAAGUUUCCACCCCUCUAAUCAGCUGAUGUUUGCGAGGGUGCGAGUAAACAAACACACCCUCUCUUAUUACGCGAACACUCGUGUUUAUUAUGAACAUGGACCGGCCCGUUCUGCACGUGCGAAGCGAAGCUAUUGGCUUCGGUUGAUGUACUUGGUGGUUGGCAUGAAAAUGUUUUGCUCCGGCACAAGACUCAACAAUUUCCAAAUCCUAAAUAUGAAAGUGAUUAACAAUGUGGCAUUUUCACAGGCCAUCAAACUCAAGUUUUCUGUCUUUAGCACAUGGAAUUUUCACAGCCCCUAAAAAGUCUGGAACAUGUCUUUUUUUAAACAAGCAAUCAUUUGAUUGUUCCUUGGCCGUGAAGUUUUCAACAUUUCAAGAUUUUUAAUGGAUGCCUGCCUGAAGGGUGCUGAUGAUAAAUUUGCAUCGGCCUCUAGUUGAAAGGAACCCUGGCGUUUGGCACCAAGGUGAGAUAUUCUAAGCACCGAAAGCGAGAUCAUUAAAUGUUAGAAAAGCCCUUCUGAGCAGGUGUGUUUAAAGCACAGGUCAUGUGUUGUAGAAACGAGCUCAAACAGAACCGUUUCCAGAACAUAUCAUCCCUCACCAGCUCUCCGGUGUUUGGAACAUUCGACCUCUGACAUAAACUUCAAGUAAACCAACUGUCUAUGAAGUAACUUUCAUUAUAAAAAGCUCUUUGCCGACACCAAUUUGAAUGAUCAGCAGCAGCUGUUUUUUGUUUGCUUUGCCACCUCAAAUCUGAUUUCAAUGAGUCACAAAUCCAAUAUUUUCAUUGCUGUUUAAACAGAGAAAUCAUAAAUCAUAUUUUGUUUUCUGAUUUGAACUUCCUUCUGGUUUUCAGUGCUUGUCUUGUUUUAUGCUUAGAGUGCUUAAAAUUAAUGAUAAACACAAACUCCAUGUGUUCAUUUGUGUUUAGCCCUUUCUGCUAACUAGAUUAAUUGCACACAGAUGCACGUUUCAGCACAGCAAGCACACUAUCUAAAAGUUGUAAUAUGAGCUAUAAAAGAAGUGAAAUCAUG